GUACCAUCUCCCCUCUCUCUCUCUCUCUCUCUCUCUGGUCUCUGCAAAAGCUCUUCAAACCCCUACCCUCUCUCUGCAUCAGACGCCAAAUCCCAAACCCUCAUCUCUUUCUUUUGCAAAAACUCUUCAAAACCCUCACUCUCUCUCUUCUUUAGACCCCAAAUCCCAAACCCAAACCCCAACCGGCAUAACAAUGAGUGAGAAGGAGAAGAUGGACAAAGAAAAUACACACAGACAGAGCUCUGAACCAGAAGAAAAGAACAAAGAAAGAGAAGUAACGACGGAGAGAGAAGAUGGCCGAAAGGAGACGGAAGAGACGAAUGCACGCAAAGAACACUUCCACCCUUCAACCAGGUUUUCUAUCGCUUGAAGAGAUUGAUGAAUCUGAGUAUGGUUUGGAAAUUCCUAAACCUGAGAGAGAAAACAAGAAAGAAAGGACUAAAGAAAAUAAAAAUGAGAAAAAAAGGAAGCAAAGUGAAGUUGAGGAUGAGCUUGGUGGUGAGGUUGAAGCUGUAAGUGAAGAGAAGGAUAAUAAAGUGAAGAGAAAGAAGAAAAAGAAGAACAAGGAUGCAAAGAAUUCUGAGGAAAAUGAAGAACCAACUGCUGGUUAGUGUUUUGAAUUCUCU